CCAUCUAUGGCGAGGUCCGAAUUGCAAAAAUCUCCAGUCACACCACACGUCACGCUCGCACCGGCGGGCGGGCGGCGCCCUGACGGCCGAGGGUCACGUCACACCCAGGCAGCGGCUGCGCUCCAGAGAUAACUAGUGCGGCGGAGGGCGGGAUGCUGCUGCUCAAUCCGUGUCCUAUCCCAAAGGAACAUCUGGUCGUACAACACUCCGACACCGAAGAACAUACCAAAGGCCACCGCAAAGAUGACCUUAUCGGCGUACUCUUCCGUGGAGACAUCGGUGACUGGAACUGCAUCUGCUGAAUUACAGUGGCGCAUCAGCGUAGCGCCGCACAGCUUUGGGUUUCCAAAAAAGCUAGAGUCUGGAAAUGUGCUAAACUGGCCCCCAGUUGGAACAGGCCCUUCUAGAUCGUUGCUGGAAAUGUUGAAUUUGGAAAGGAAGUGAAGCCUCUCCAGCACAGAAGGGAUUUCACCGGUCAAAUUAUUGUAGGAUAAGUCUAGCACCUGCAGAUUGGUGAGGUUGCCGACUGAUUGUGGGAUCUCCCCAUGUAAGUUGUUGAAGCUCAAGUUGAGUGUAAGGAGUGCCUGUAGCUGGCCAAUCUCUGGAGGAAUUAUACCGUUGAAUUUGUUGUUUCCUAGAUUCAACAUUUUAGGGAAGCCACUGGUUGUACGGUAUUGAAGAAACGGUGCCAGGUAGACAGGAAACUUAAGUAUUAUUGGGGCAGAGUGAGCUGCCUCAAGCGUUGGCAUCUCCAUCAGUGCUGUUGGUAUGUCACCAGUGAGAUUGUUAUUGGAUAUGUCUAGAUAGAAAAGAAGGUUUAAGCUAUUAAUCCAGGCUGGUAUUGGUCCACUGAGUUUGUUAUCGUCUAAUAGUAAAGCUCGCAAGUUUUUGAGCUUAGCCAGCCAGUUAGGUAACUUCCCAUACAGUGGACAUUUAUUUAUGCCAAGACCCAUGAGAUUCUCAAAGCCAUGAAAUUCAUCAUCAUCUGGCAUGGUCUCAUGCUUGAAGUUGCCCCCAAUCAGCACGAGAGUGAGUGUCCUGGACUUACUGAGGAUUUGAAGUGUAUUUCUGAUAUUUGUAAAACUAUUGUGAGCGAGAGCUAGGAAUCUGAGGGACUUGAGAUUGUUUAUCCCUGAUGAAAAUUGACCAUGAAGGUUGUUGAAAGAUAAUCGCAACGCAAUAAGGUUGCUGCAGGAGUAGAGGCUCUCUGGAAUUGUUCCAGUGAAUUUGUUUGACCUGCAAUCUAAAAAUUUUAGAUUAGACAGGGUGGAGAAGUUGACAUGGUUGAGAUCUCCUUGGAAGUUGUUGUCUUUAAGGAUGAUGGUUGUGAGAUUUGAGCAACUGCUAAGGGCUGGUGGCAGCUCUCCAGACAUGUUGUUAUUGUCUAAGUGAAGCUCCUCCAGCCUCUUGAGCUGCCCAAUAGAAUUCGGGAUCUUGCCAUUUAGUCCAUUCCACCCAAGAUCAAGGAUGACCAAAUUUCUGAGUUUUCCUAUACACUCAGGAUCAAGUGUUCCUUGCAAAUGGUUGUUAGGGAAAGAGAGGUGCUCUAGUGAGGUAACAUUGAAGAUCUCAGAUGGAAGGGUCCCAUUGAGUUGGUUCUGGCCAGCCUUAAGCACUUUCAAACCAGAGCAAUUACCAAGCUCUGAGGGUAUUCUACCAACGAACUGGUUGUAGCUAAGGUCAAGGACCACAAAGAAUGGUUUGUCAACACAAAUUGUGCUCGGAAUUUCCCCAGCAAAGCUAUUAUUGCUCAUAUUGAGAGCAGCCAGAUUCUUCAUGCCCUCCAAUGUGGUGGAUGGAAAAUAUCCUGUGAGGAAGUUACUCGAGAUGUUCAUUACCUUCAUCGCGCUGUUAGGCGUGGAUUGCAGCUCAUGGAAUUCUCCACUGAGCUUGUUAAAGCUGACAUCGAGGACAGUAAUGCUGCUGGAGAGCAACAGUGUCGAUGGGAGUCCACCGGAGAGCAAGUUGCCAGAUAGGUUGAGCUUCAACAGGCCGUUGAGAUUGCCAAGUGAGGGUGAUAUGUGCCCCUCAAGGCCCAUAGCAGCUAGUGAGAUGUCUAUGAUAGUUCUAUCUCCAUUGCAAAUGACACCCUCCCAUAGACAGCAGUUUGUGUCAUUCUGCCAUGAACUGGUGAGGCCAGAGGCUUGAGAGAGACCAUUGAGGAACUCGAAGAGGGAUGUCUUCUCCUCUUCUUUGCAGGAGCUGGCAGGAGAGGCCAAGAAGAGCAAUAGCACAAGACUAACACCAAGUAAAGUGAAAUGCCGACUGAAUCAAUUGGAAUAUGGAUGCACCCCUGUCUAGAGAUUUGGGAAGAAAAUGAGUACAAGGUAGCCCUGUAGUUCCCAGAUGUAAAGGGAACCAUGGGGCUUGAGUGUACGCAGGACAUACAG